UCGGGUUUUCCCGUUAUUAUUUGGAGCUUACGUAAAUAUAUUUCAGCUAGAUAGGUUGAUUUACUUCUUGUACGACAAGAUUUACGUUGAAGUUUAAUUGAAUAGAUCGAACACAAUUAGACUUAAACAUAAACUAAUUGGUUUUAUUCGUGGUUGAAUGAUAACAAUCAUCAGUCUGGUACAAUGAUGAGUUAUUCAUAACAAAUUUGAUAAUCGUCGUUCUCAUGUUUGCUGAAGAAAGUUUCGAAGAGUCAGUUCACUGGAAAAACAAGAAAAAGUUUGUUCUUGACGAAGAGUUUAAAGCUCUUAACCUCAGUAGAGCAGAAAUGGGAAAUAAGUCUAGUACUAGUAAAAAGAAAGAACCACAACCUAAACACUUACAGGGGGGCCAUGUUCCAGAGGCUGACGUUGAUGAAGGUGUUAUUUGUACUGUGGUACUACCGGACGGCAAGGAGGAGAAAAAACGUGUGUUUCGCUCAUUUAGAAUGAACGAAUUUUUGAAAAACCACUUACCUGUUGAGUUUGACGUCAGCGACUACGAGGUCGUCAUCUACAAAUCCAACAACGAAACUGUGAUACCUAAACCGAAUGAAGAAUUCGAGGAGUACAUGGAUGACUUGCAUCAGAUCAGGAUCGCAGCCAGAGGUGUGGUUCAUUCUCGCGCGGCAGAAAAACACAUUGGGAAUGUAAAGCUUAAAUAGAUGGAUGGAGAAGCUGGCUAAUUAAAUAUUUAAUAGAUUAACCAUUAAUUGGUGGUAACAUGCAAUCACUUGUUUGCACUGCAAAUUACAAAUGGUAAUUCAUAUUUUUUUUAUCCAUAUUAUGUAAUUGAAAGUAUGUUUGUUGAGCAUUUGUUCUAAAUAUUACUUUUACUGCUGCUAGUAUUAUAAACUGACAUUUCCAUUUUAUUUUAUUUUACUUUAUGGUUUGUUCAUUUUUUUAAAAAUAAUAUUAACCGAACAACAAAUAAAAACGUAUGUAUUGCUAUAUUUGUGUGAAGUAAACGUUCUAAAUAGUAGCAGUUGGUUCGUUAGUGAAUAUUUACCUGAAGAUUUUAACCAUCGCUUGAGAAAAUUUGCUAUGAAGGAGCGGUGGUAAUUAAAAUGUACUAAGUAGGGCAUAUACAUUUUUAUAUACACUUUAUAUUAUUUCUAUUUUACUCGAGGGGUGGUAUGCCCCCCCCCCCCCCUGGAGAGAUGUAUUAACAUAAGUAAUAUUGCUAACGUUAAAUAAUUUUUUUUUAAAAUGUAAAUAAAAAAAACUAGAAUCAAUCUAUUGUCAAAACAAAAACUCCCACAUAUCUUACAUUUGUUACAAUUUUAAAUCGACAGAUCCGCUAUGGCAACCAAGAAAACAUACUUUGAAAUCACAUGUACAAUAAACAUGUUUCUCUUUUGUUAAAAAAAAAGUGUACAUUGCAUUUUAAUCCAACGAAUUUGUGUUUAUAUGCGUGUAUGACUGAUAAGAAAUGUGUGGCAUUGACUAAAAUAAUAUAUUAACCAUCAGUCCUCAAAUUGUUUUUUUUUUAUUUUUCAAAGUAAAUCAAUUUUUUUAUAUUUUCACAUUUCUAUUUCCAUUCUUCCAUCUGUGGAAUAUUAGUCUGCUACAUAUAAAAUUACAUGUUUAUAAAAAGACCAUAUUUGUACACAAUGGUUAAAUAUAAAUGUGUAUGUUAUAUUUGUCAAUCUGAUUAUGAUUACUUGUGGAAAUAAAUUGGGAGUAAGCUGCUCGAAACUUG